AUGCCGUCUGCUUCGCUCUGCCAGGCCUCCUUUCCGCUCGCCUUCUGCACCAUGCAAGCGCUCGAGGCCGGGCAGCGGAUAACGCUUAUGGCCUUCGGCCAGGGACCAGGCUUGCAGAAAAACGGAACAGUGGCUACCCGUCUCCGAUGGAAGCCUAGAACCUACGACGAGGUCGUGGCCUCGCCAGUAGGUGCCAAGCACUCCAGCUUCAAGACGACCGCUCUACACCGUGAUAGAGGCGAGGAUGGUCGUGGAGUAUACGGAUCCGACGACGCAACGAGCGAGUAUACCUUCUGA